AAAGGGCAUUUUAUACCGAGGCUCAUCUAGCUCUAAGCGUGCGGUUAAUAGAAGCUCGCUCUUAGGAGACACUGGUAGAUUGAAUAUUACAGCGAACCAGAGCGUUUAGUACCGACCUUCAUCUGUGGAAAACUAGGGUUUACUCGGGUUUUCAGGUUUGCUGUAAACAACUGAAGAACAUUAAGGCAGCCUCUUGCGAAGUUCUACUGUAAUCGGAACCCAUAUCACCUGUUUAUCGAUUUGCGUGCAACAUUAGAGCAAUAUUUCUUUCAUGAUGCGUUUAAUCGAAGGCGCUGCACUUUUGAUUUGUACGGUAACGUUGAUUCAAGACAGUCGGAGCGAAUGUCUGUCACGAUAUGAACGAAAAUUUUACCCAGCCAAUAAUCGUGCACUACAGAAUCACGUGUACCAGCGAAAGACAGGAGUUUCCCCCGUAGUCUGUGGUCGAGACUGCUCCAUGGACGUAAAGUGUGCGUCAUUCAACUACAACACCAGCAGCCAAACCUGCCAGCUGAACAAAGAAUCCCAGUCGACAACAUCACAAGAUUUUAUAACACGACCUCAAAGCCUUUAUUUCGACGGUCAUGAGAGCACUCUGACAUUCUCGGCACAUCAGGGCAGCUGCCAGGAGUUGUACGAAGAUGGCUCCCUGGGCAAUGGCAUCUACACCAUCUAUCCUCCCGGUAUGACUGACGGCGUGCAGGUCUACUGCGACAUGGUCACCGAGGGAGGCGGAUGGACUGUGAUUCAGAGGCGUCAAGACGGCUCGGUCGACUUCUACCGCAACUGGACCGAAUACCAGUCUGGCUUCGGUCAACUCAGCGGCGAGUUCUGGCUUGGGAAUAAUGCCCUUCGCGCCCUCACUGCGUCGUCAGCGAAGUGGCAACUGCGCGUGGAUCUUGAAGACUGGGAUGGUGACAUGAGGUGGGCUGAAUACGGUGAGUUUAGUGUUCAAGGGAAGAAGUACUCACUCCGGAUCGGAUAUUACGAUGAUAAUAGUACCCUUCCUGACUCAUUGAUUCGUCACAACGGCUAUAAUUUCUCCACGAAGGAUCAAGACAACGACAUACUAGCUAGUACUAGCUGUGCUGUGGAUUUUGAAGGCGCCUGGUGGUACAGAAGUUGCCAUACUUCAAAUCUCAAUGGGAAAUAUUACCACCAAGGUAAUGUCCCAUUUGGACAAGGAAUACAAUGGAAAUUAUGGAAAGGUUUUUACUACUCAUUUAAGAAGUGUAGCAUGAAAAUAAGGGAAGUUCCCAAAGACGCAAUGAACUGAUUUAAAAAACGUGAGGUAGGUACAGACUUUUAUUUCCCUUUGACAUGUUAAGUCGGCGCGUUACGGUAACAAUACAGAAAACAAAGAAAUCUAUAAAGAUAACAUCGAUGAUAAUUAUUAGUUGGAAGGAAUGAGUGAAAUGGGAAGAGUAGACAAACAUGCUUCGCUGUCUUAUCAUCUAAAACGAUAGUUCCCAUUUUUAAAAAUAUCUUGAUCGUGCCAACAAAUGAAAUUUCCACUUGUAUUAAGAAUCGA